UGGCAGCCUCCUGUUUUGCAAAUUAAUACAAGGAACAUCACAGUAAAACAACAGUUUUAAUACCAAGAAUCGCGUCUUCAAGAGGUUGCCAUGUCCCCAAAGAUUACCGUGGAGCUGCUGAGGCAACUCCGGCAGGCCAUGCGGAAUAGCAAAUACAUUACUGAGCCCAUACACGCUUACAUUGUUCCGUCAGGAGACGCUCAUCAGAGUGAAUACAUUGCCCCCUGUGAUUGCAGACGUGAGUUCAUUUGUGGAUUCAACGGCUCUGCAGGUACAGCCAUAAUCACAGAGCAGCAGGCAGCUAUGUGGACGGAUGGGCGGUACUUCCUGCAGGCCAGUCAACAGAUGGACAACAACUGGACACUGAUGAAAAUGGGACUGAAGGAAACUCCGUCACAGGAGGACUGGCUGAUCAGUGUUUUGCCGGAGAAUUCCAAAGUGGGAGUGGACCCCUGGAUUAUUGCAGCCGAUCAGUGGAAGAACAUGUCAAAAGCUUUGACCAGUGCUGGACACUCAUUGGUUGCGGUCCGAGACAACCUGAUUGAUGCGAUCUGGGUGGACCGACCAGCCCGACCCAGCACACAGCUGAUUACUCUGGGCCUCAAAUACGCAGGACUGAGCUGGCAAGAUAAGAUCCUGGGAUUGAGGACCAAGAUGGCGGAGAGGAAAAUUUCCUGGAUCGUUGUCACGGCGCUGGAUGAAAUAGCAUGGCUCUUUAACCUGCGUGGCUCUGACAUCGAGUAUAACCCUGUAUUCUUUGCCUAUGCCAUCGUUGGAAUGAGCUCCAUCAGGCUGUUUGUGGACAGUAAGCGUAUGGCUGACCCUGCCGUGAGAGAACACCUGGAGCUGGACAACCCCAGUAAACCAGAGCUCAGCAUACAGACCGCGCCCUACGAAUCUGUCUACACAGAACUGCAGGCCAUCUGCGCUGGGCUCGGACCCAAAGAAAAGGUGUGGAUCAGCGACAAGGCCAGCUGUGCCCUGACCCAAGUCAUCCCCAAGGCUCACAGGUCGCCCGUCCCGUACACGCCUCUGUGCCUGGCCAAGGCCGUGAAAAACCCCACUGAGAUUCAGGGCAUGAAGACGGCCCACAUUAAAGACGCAGUCGCUCUGUGCGAGCUCUUUGCCUGGCUAGAGAAAGAGAUUCCUAAAGGAACGGUAACAGAGAUAUCAGCCGCAGAUAAAGCGGAGGAAUUCCGCAGCCAACAGAAAGACUUUGUUGGGCUCAGUUUUCCAACAAUCUCUAGUGUUGGACCAAAUGGAGCCAUUAUACAUUACAGACCUCUCCCCGAGACCAACAGAACUCUCUCUCUCAAUGAAGUCUAUCUUAUUGACUCUGGAGCCCAGUACAUGGACGGGACUACAGACGUGACUCGCACAAUGCACUUUGGCACUCCCUCAGACUUUGAGAAGGAAUGCUUUACAUACGUUCUGAAGGGGCAUAUUGCUGUGAGUGCAGCGGUUUUCCCUAAUGGAACCAAAGGCCACUUGUUGGACUCUUUUGCUCGUGCUGCCCUCUGGGAGUCAGGCUUGGAUUACCUGCACGGCACGGGUCAUGGGGUCGGCUGCUUCCUCAAUGUCCAUGAAGGGCCCUGUGGAAUCAGCUACAAAACAUUUGCUGAUGAGCCACUUGAAGCUGGAAUGAUAGUCAGUGAUGAACCUGGAUACUACGAAGAUGGUUCCUUUGGAAUUCGCCUGGAAAAUGUUGUGUUAGUCGUACCCACAAAACCCAAAUACAACUACAGAAACCGGGGCAGUUUGACCUUUGAACCUCUUACACUGGUACCCAUUCAGCUGAAGAUGAUCAACACAGAUCUGCUCACUCAGAAAGAGCGUGACUGGGUGAAUGAGUACCACAGGAAAUGCAGAGAGACGGUUGGAGCAGAGCUGGAGAGGCAGGGUCGAAAGGAGGCUCUUGAUUGGCUGAUCAGAGAAACUCAACCAAUUGCUUGAAAGUGUUGUUGAUCGACUUUUAUUUAAUCCAAUCCCCAAAGUACCAUCAGCAGUGACUCUCUUGUAUUAUCUGUCAACGUGAGACAGUCUGAAUCACUUUCUCUUUCUACCUCUCUUUCUUUCUAUUAUUCUCUCUCUCUCUCUCUCUCUC